GCCUGCGCCGCCGCCUCGGGCCUUGGCCCCCGGACCCCCGCCCCUGAAGCGCGCCCGGACCGCAGCGCCGGGCACCAUGGCCGGCCAGGGGGACUGCUGCGUCAAGGUGGCCGUCAGGAUCCGGCCACAGCUAUCGAAGGAGAAGAUUGAGGGCUGUCACAUCUGUACCUCUGUUACCCCGGGGGAGCCCCAGGUCCUCCUGGGGAAGGACAAGGCCUUCACCUAUGACUUUGUCUUUGACCUGGACACCUGGCAAGAACAGAUCUAUUCAACCUGUGUGAACAAGCUCAUUGAGGGCUGCUUCGAGGGCUACAAUGCCACAGUGCUGGCCUACGGGCAGACGGGCGCUGGGAAGACGUACACUAUGGGCACUGGCUUCGACAUGGCGAUGUCGGAGGAGGAGCAGGGCAUCAUCCCGAGGGCCAUCGCACACCUCUUUGGGGGCAUCGCCGAGCGCAAGCGUCGGGCGCAGGAGCAGGGCCUGGCCGGGCCUGAGUUCAAAGUCAGCGCUCAGUUCCUGGAGCUCUAUAACGAGGAGAUCCUCGACCUGUUCGAUUGCACCCGUGACCCCGACGCCCGCCACCGCAGGUCCAACAUCAAGAUCCACGAGGAUGCAAACGGUGGCAUCUACACCACGGGCGUCACUUCUCGCCUCAUCCACUCCCAGGAGGAGCUGAUCCAGUGCCUGAAGCAGGGGGCCCUGUCACGCACCACAGCCAGCACCCAGAUGAACGUGCAGAGCUCCCGCUCCCACGCCAUCUUCACCAUCCACCUGUGCCAGAUGCGCCUGUGUGCCCAGCCUGACCUGGGGAACGAGGUGAGUGGCCUUCCUGAGGGCACAGCUCCUGCGAACGAGUACGAGACACUCACGGCCAAGUUUCACUUCGUGGACCUGGCUGGCUCGGAGCGGCUGAAGCGGACAGGGGCCACGGGCGAGCGGGCCAAGGAGGGCAUCUCCAUCAACUGCGGCCUGUUGGCCUUGGGCAACGUGAUCAGCGCCUUGGGGGACCAGAGCAAGAAGGUGGUGCACGUGCCCUAUCGGGACUCCAAACUCACUCGGCUCCUCCAGGACUCACUGGGGGGCAACAGCCAGACCAUCAUGAUCGCCUGUGUGAGCCCCUCGGACCGAGACUUCAUGGAGACCCUCAACACACUCAAGUAUGCCAAUCGGGCCCGCAACAUCAAGAACAAGGUGGUGGUGAACCAGGACAAGACCAGCCAGCAGAUCAGCGCGCUGCGGGCGGAGAUCGCACGCCUGCAGAUGGAGCUGAUGGAGUACAAGGCGGGCAAGCGGGUGAUUGGGGAGGACGGCGCCGAGGGCUACAGCGACCUGUUCCGGGAGAAUGCCAUGCUGCAGAAGGAGAACGGUGCACUGCGGCUGCGGGUGAAGGCCAUGCAGGAGGCCAUCGACGCCAUCAACAACCGCGUCACCCAGCUCAUGAGCCAAGAGGCCAACCUGCUCCUGGCCAAAGCCGGUGAUGGCAACGAGGCCAUCGGCGCUCUGAUCCAGAACUACAUCCGGGAGAUUGAGGAGCUCCGGACGAAGCUUCUGGAGAGUGAGGCCAUGAACGAGUCUCUCCGCCGCAGCCUCUCGCGGGCCUCGACCCGGAGUCCCUACUCCCUGGGUGCUUCUUCGGCCACCCCGGCCUUUGGGGGCAGCCCUGCCAGCUCCAUGGAGGAUGCCACCGAGGUGAUCCGCAGGGCCAAGCAGGACCUGGAGCGGCUGAAGAAGAAGGAGGUCAGGCAGCGGAGGAAGAGCCCAGAGAAGGAAGCCUUCAAAAAGAGGGCGAAACUCCAGCAGGAGAACAGCGAGGAGACGGAUGAGAAUGAGGCAGAGGAGGAGGAGGAGGAGCGAGACGAGAGUGGCUGUGAGGAGGAGGAAGGGCGCGAGGAUGAAGACGAGGACUCGGGCAGUGAGGAGAGCCUGGUGGACUCAGACUCGGACCCCGAGGAGAAGGAGGUGAACUUCCAGGCGGACCUGGCAGACCUGACGUGCGAGAUCGAGAUCAAGCAGAAGCUGAUCGACGAGCUGGAGAACAGCCAGCGGCGGCUGCAGACGCUCAAGCACCAGUACGAGGAGAAGCUGAUCCUGCUGCAGAACAAGAUCCGCGACACGCAGCUGGAGCGCGACCGCGUGCUGCAGAACCUCAGCACCAUGGAGUGCUACACGGAGGAGAAGGCCAACAAGAUCAAGGCAGACUAUGAGAAGAGGCUGCGGGAGAUGAACCGGGACCUGCAGAAGCUGCAGGCGGCGCAGAAGGAGCACGCCCGGCUGCUCAAGAACCAGUCGCGCUACGAGCGGGAGCUGAAGAAGCUGCAGGCCGAGGUGGCGGAGAUGAAGAAGGCCAAGGUGGCCCUGAUGAAGCAGAUGCGGGAGGAGCAGCAGCGGCGGCGGCUGGUGGAGACCAAGAGGAACCGGGAGAUCGCUCAGCUCAAGAAGGAGCAGCGGCGACAGGAGUUUCAGAUCCGAGCUCUGGAGUCCCAGAAGCGGCAGCAGGAAAUGGUCCUGAGGAGGAAGACCCAGGAGGUCUCUGCGCUGAGGCGCCUGGCCAAGCCCAUGUCUGAGCGGGCGGCGGGGCGUGCAGGCCUGAAGCCUCCCAUGCUGGACUCCGGGGCCGAGGUGUCGGCCAGCACCACUUCCUCAGAGGCCGAAUCCGGGGCCCGCUCUGUCUCCAGCAUCGUGCGCCAGUGGAACCGCAAAAUCAACCACUUCCUGGGAGACCACCCGGCACCCACCGUCAAUGGCACCCGCCCUGCCCGCAAGAAGUUCCAGAAGAAAGGGGCCAGCCAGAGCUUCAGCAAGGCUGCCAGGCUCAAGUGGCAGUCCCUGGAGCGGCGGAUCAUCGACAUUGUCAUGCAGAGGAUGACCAUUGUCAACCUGGAGGCCGACAUGGAGCGCCUCAUCAAGAAAAGGGAGGAGCUGUUCCUCCUGCAGGAGGCGCUGCGGAGGAAGCGGGAGCGGCUGCAGGCCGAGAGCCCCGAGGAGGAGAAGGGGCUGCAGGAGCUGGCCGAGGAGAUCGAGGUGCUGGCGGCCAACAUCGACUACAUCAACGACAGCAUCACCGACUGCCAGGCCACCAUCGUGCAGCUGGAGGAGACCAAGGAGGAGCUGGACUCCACAGACACAUCAGUGGUCAUCAGCUCCUGCUCCCUGGCCGAAGCCCGACUCCUGCUGGACAAUUUCCUCAAGGCGUCCAUUGACAAGGGGCUGCAGGUGGCGCAGAAGGAGGCCCAGAUCCGGCUGCUGGAGGGCCGGCUGAGGCAGACAGACAUGGCGGGCUCCUCCCAGAACCACCUGCUGCUGGACGCCCUGCGCGAGAAGGCCGAGGCGCACCCCGAGCUGCAGGCGCUCAUUUACAACGUGCAGCAGGAGAACGGCUACGCCAGCACUGACGAGGAGAUCUCGGAGUUCUCCGAGGGGAGCUUCUCCCAGUCAUUCACCAUGAAAGGCUCCACCAGCCAUGAUGAUUUCAAGUUCAAGGGCGAGCCCAAGCUCUCUGCCCAGAUGAAGGCUGUGUCGGCUGAGUGCCUGGGUCCCCCUCUGGACAUCUCCACCAAGAACAUCACCAAGUCCUUGGCCUCCCUCGUCGAGAUCAAGGAGGACGGAGUGGGCUUCUCCGUCCGAGACCCCUACCACCGGGACAAGGUCUCGCGCACCGUCAGCCUGCCCACCCGGGGCAGCACUUUCCCCCGGCAGUCUCGAGGCGCAGAGACGUCCCCUCUGACGAGAAGGAAGUCAUAUGAUCGAGGACAGCCCAUCAGGUCCACGGACGUGGGAUUCACGCCCCCGUCGUCCCCUCCCACUCGGCCCCGCAACGACCGCAACGUCUUCUCUCGUCUCACCAGCAAUCAGAGCCAGGGAUCCGCACUGGACAAGUCUGAUGACAGCGACUCCUCUUUGUCGGAGGUCCUGAGGGGCAUCAUCUCGCCUGUCGGAGGAGCCAAGGGUGCGCGGACAGCCCCGCUGCAGUGUGUCUCCGUGGCCGAGGGCCACACCAAGCCCAUCCUCUGCCUGGACGCCACGGAUGAGUUGCUCUUCACAGGGUCCAAAGACCGCAGCUGCAAGAUGUGGAACUUGGUGACGGGGCAGGAAAUCGCAGCCCUGAAGGGCCACCCCAACAACGUGGUCUCCAUCAAGCACUGCAGCCACUCGGGGCUAGUGUUCUCCGUGUCCACCUCCUACAUCAAAGUCUGGGACAUCCGGGACUCGGCCAAGUGCAUCCGGACCCUCACGUCCUCGGGCCAGGUGAUCUCCGGCGACGCCUGCGCGGCUACGUCCACCCGCGCCAUCACCAGCGCCCAGGGCGAGCACCAGAUCAACCAGAUCGCCCUCAGCCCCUCGGGCACCAUGCUGUACGCCGCCUCGGGCAACGCCGUGCGCGUCUGGGAGCUGAGCCGGUUCCAGCCCAUCGGCAAACUGACUGGCCACAUUGGCCCUGUGAUGUGCCUGACAGUCACCCAGACUGCCAGCCAGCACGACCUCGUGGUGACCGGCUCCAAGGACCACUACGUCAAGAUGUUCGAGCUGGGCGACUACGUGACAGGCACCAUCGGCCCCACGCACAACUUUGAGCCCCCGCACUACGACGGCAUCGAGUGCCUGUCCAUCCAGGGGGACAUCCUGUUCAGCGGCUCCCGGGAUAAUGGCAUCAAGAAGUGGGACCUGGACCAGCAGGAGCUCAUCCAGCAAAUCCCCAACGCACACAAGGACUGGGUGUGCGCGCUGGCCUUCGUCCCCGGCCGCCCCAUGCUGCUGAGCGCCUGCCGCGCGGGCGUCAUCAAGGUGUGGAACGUGGACAACUUCACCCCCCUCGGUGAGAUCAAGGGCCACGACAGCCCCAUCAAUGCCAUCUGCACCAACGCCAAGCACAUCUUCACAGCCUCCAGUGACCUGACGGUGAAGUUCUGGAGCGUGCGGCGCUUACCCCACAGUGGCCCACCCUAGGAGUGAGGUCGGAGGGAGCCCCCGGACCCUCGACCCCGGCAGCCUGGACAGCACAGAAGGGAAGCUGUGGCCCGGCCUGGCGGGCGCUGCCCUGGGGACAGAGGUGUGGGCCGUGGGUGCAGCCCCCUCUUCUGUCCCCCUGCCUUCCUGGGGGUACUGUUUCCCCAGCCCCUCCCCUGCUUCUCGGGAGGGGCUGGGGAGGAAAUUAAGCUGUGAAGCCAAAGGGCAUUAUCCCGUCCCUUCCUCUCCCGGCGCCCCUCGGGCUCCCCGCCCGCUUGCCCAGCGCUGGCCACACGUCCCCUGCCGAGCCGGCCCUGCGCCUCCUCCCAGCCUCCAGCCCAGCGGGAGGUCCUGGGGGAGGGGAGGCAGCCCAGCCCCCUCGUGCCCCCAUCACACCCCCGCCGUGCCCCCCAGGAGCUGGCCUCCCCCCACAUUCCCAGCCUCUGGAGCCUCUGCACCUGCCUAUGAGCCCAAAAACCUAGUCCUCAGGUAACCAUGGAGAUCAGGUGUGGGCAGCCGGGCCCUGCAGCUGACCCCUCACCCUGUGGCCACAACUAGUCCCAGUUGGCCCCGGCCAUUUCCCGGGGUCCCUUUCUGAUGGGCCAAGGGGGAGCUGCUAGAUUCCUCUGGGGAGACGGUCAGAAAUACUUCAGUUAUUUAUUGGUUUUUUUAUUUUUAUUUUUUGCUGUUGCCUCCUGGAAACUGACUUGAAGUUUCUUCCCACAUGUUCUUUCCCUCAGCUCUUGGGGACCAGGGAUCCCAAAGCAGGUCCGCGGCCCUGGCCCCCAGUGCCACCUCCCCUGCUUGCUCUGCAGAGGAGGGCCGUGCCCCUUCAACUCUUUGCAGCUCGGGCCUGUCCCCGACAUUGCCCCUGGGGACCCGUCCCCGACACUGCCCCCGGGGACCCUUCUAGCGCACCCCCGGCCGCCAGGCCGCCUGACGCUUCAGUGCCUUCCUCCAUCCUGGGCCUGGCACGUGCCGGCAGCCUCACGCCAGCCAUGCCCGCGGCACCACACGUGUCUUCUCCCUCGCGGGGCCCGGCCCGCUGCCCCCGGGAAGGCGGGGAGCCCACCCCACAGCCCAGGGCCCGGGAGCCCGUCCCCCAGAGUCCUGCCUGGGUCACGCAGGAAGCAGCUUGGUGGACGUGUCCACUGGGCAGUGGCGUGGGUGGGUGGACCGCCAGCCCCUGUCCCCCCCAGUCCACCUGUGUUUUCACCCCGGCUAGGACAGGAAGUGUGUCCAGCUUCUUUCCCUCUGGUCAUUCAGGAGAUACGUCUCAGCCUUAAAGCUGGCACAGGGCACGGGCGCUCCCGUGUAGGAGGUUGGGGCACGGGCGCUCCCGUGUAGGAGGUUGGGGACGAAGAGGGUCUUUGCUUUCCCUCUUCCCGGGGCUGAGACGCAGCUCUGGGCAGGGUGCUAAGUCGGUGUUAGGGCGCCCCCUGUUGGGGGACUCCCGCUUGCAGGCCUGGCCUUGGGGCGCAGGGCCGAGCCUGUCCUCGUGCUUCCCCUUGCGUCACUGGUCUGGCGCGUCCUGUCGUCUGUCGGAGCCAGGAACCCGGCUCCGUUCAGAGGAUGCGGUGACUUUCGGACUUUCUGGAGGUGGCUCUGUUUCUGCCCUCGGCGCCUCUGCCCUGUCGGGGCGGCUGGAGCUGCUCCGUGGGGCCCCUGGUGUGGGCGGGGUCGGAGGCCGAGUGGGGCCUGUCCCCUCCCCCGCGCCCUCCUGGGGCCCCAGAGGCGAAGGAGGCUGUCCUGCUUGGGUGCAGCCCCACCGGACGUGGGGUUAGGACACGCCCCCGGCUGCCAGGCUCCUGGAGCUGAUGGUCUCGCCAUGACUGGAAACCCUUCUCCCCUGGGCCACCCCCUUAGCACUCAGGAGCGACCAGCCUCUUCUCACUCCUCCUCCGUCCUCCCCGCCCGAACAGAAAGCCUGGACCUUGCAACCUGUAAGAAAGAACCGUCCGCAUGACUGUUCACAAGCUAUAGAAACAGUACGACUGUGCCCUGCUCCCCGGGGCCAGGGAUGCCGGCCUGGGGCGACUGUCCCGUGGCUGCAGAGCGUGUUCCUGCGUGAGGUGUGAGCCGGGGCGGCGAGAGCUGCCCCUCGUCGUGGCCUGUUUUCUGCUGUUUCCGGUGGGUCAGCUACCUCAUGGCGGGGCCGGCUCUGCUGUCCUGGCGAGCGUCACUGACUCUAAACUUGAAGUCCUUCGGGAGCCCUGAGCCCGUCACCCCUGAGCCCCCCAAGGUGUGCUCCAUGAGCGUCGGAGUCUCUGCCCACUGUUCAGGGAUGUCCCAGGUACAUAGUUCGGGGCAGGCCCCCAGCUCCUCCCACUGCACAAGCGUCCCCGGUGUUGGAAGCACAAAACGGUUGUGACCGAGCACAAUGGCAGGGCUCUCACGGGCAGUCGUGGCAGACCUGGACCCGGGAGCAUCCUCCCGGGGGGCUCUGUCCAAAGUUAGGUUGGGGCUGCCCUUGCUCAGACCAGGGCUUGGCUCCUGGCUUGUCCUAAUUCUGGGACUUGUGACUUCUGACCCCUCUGUGCGCAUCCUAAGACUUGAGGCUGAGCCGCGGCAGCAAAGCCACCUCCAGAGAGUAGAGCCCUCUCGACCCCACGCCCGCGUCUUAGAUGCCUGAGCACAGGCUGUGUCCCAGCCCUGUCAAGCCUGGAGCGCUUGGACCGAGAUCCUGUCUCCUGGGCAGAGCCCGUCAGUGCUGUUGGGACGGAGGGGCGGGUUCCCCGGAUGGACGGUGUCGCCCUGUCCACCGCGCUUGCACCGUCUCGGCACAGUCCUGCGCCAGCACCCCGCUCUCGGUAUUAACCAGUUCCGUGUUUGCUCUUAUGUGGGUGACUGACUCCUCCCAGGCAGCCAGAGUUCUCUAAGGCAGCGCCUGGCGUUGCCUCGGAGGUUGCCAAGGAAGGAGGACAGGCUGUGAGGCCGAGGCUGGCACACCCAAGCCUUUGAGGUGGUCAGGUGCCACCUUCAGCCCCCUGGAAAGGGGCCCCACCCCACUUCAGCCUAGGAAACCCUCCACCCUCGCCGUCCUGCCCUGCCACCUGCCUGGGGCCGGGUGGCUUGGGCAGAGGGAGGUUUAAAGCACAAAGCCACCACGGGGAAGACGCUAGCUCGCUGGGACUUUCUCGUGCCACCUGAUGUGGUGGUGACACAGGCAGGUGGCUGCUGGGAUGUCAGAGAACGUAAUGCUUUUUGCUCUGCUCUCUCCAGCUCUUGGGGGCGUCCCCUGAAGCAGGCUGGGCAGGGAGCAGGCACACCCCCUUGGUGGUUCAGUCGCUGCCUGUGCCCGUGUGUUCUCCGCCGUGUGUGGGUGGGCAGAGCCUGCCCUGCAGGAGCAGCGAGUUCCUUCCCGCUGUGUGGCCUGUACCUGUGGUGUCUGUCCCUUUGCCAUCCCCGACAGGGGACUGCUUGCUGCUCUCUGCCUAGCAUGGCUUCUUGGUCGAUGGCCACUGCCCCCCACAGGCCUUGCUGGGCCUGGCCCUCCUCUCCUGGCUCCCGGAUCCUUCCCUGCCCUCCUAUGUGCAAGAGCAGAAUCUCAAAGGAAAGUUCUGUUUCUCCUUUGGCAUCUUUCUUCUGUCCCCUACCCCCUGCCCAUCCCCAGCACUCAGAUGGUCCCGCAGCCCCACCACACCCUAGCUUAGUCCUUUGAAUCCGUGUCCUGGGGGCCUUGCAGGGAAGUAGGAAGUAGAAACUGCUCCACGAACAGCUGAGGGUCAGAGAAGACCCCUGACGUGAAUCGGGGCCCUGCCCCGCCUACCAGCUCUUUCCUAGCGAUCCCCCUGCCCCAGCCGCAGGGUUCCGUUUGGCUCUUGCUGUCCUCGGUGCCGUGGCCAGCACAAGGUGUAUAUACGUUUUGUACCUGUGGCAGUUGUACAUAUGUAUGAAAGUUAUUUAAGCCUCAUGCUGUACAUUUCUGUUCCUAGAUCGGGUGUGUGUGCUCUAAAAAGUUGUCAUAAAUAAAACCCAAAUGACCAUCGUCUGUGGAGCUGUGGCCCUGGGGGCUGCUGGUGGCCCUUCUUUGGGGUGGGAGUUUGGCGGAGAUGGGUUUGUGGGGCAGGCCCCUGGGGCCGGGCCCGGCCCGAUGAGAACUCGUGAGUCUGGGGCUGACCCGAUUAGGCAGCAGAGCUCUGGGCGUGACCCAUUCUCCUCCAGACUCCAGACCUUGCCUCCCGGGUAAAUGCAGUUGUUGAAGAGUGGGCACUGGCAUUGUUUGAGCACCUGCUGGAUAUUUCAGGCUCUGUUUGGAGCAUUUUUCAUUGGCUCUCCACUACCCCACGUGACAGGUGAUAGUCUCGUUGUAUGAGAUGAGAAAAGUCUCAGGAUGGGAGUGACUCAUCCAGGAUCACAGCUAGUAAGGACGGAGCCAGGAUUUGAACCCCGACCUGCCCGGCCACAGCUCCCAUUGCCUUUCACUAACGUAUGACGUGGCUCUCUAGGGCCUGGAAUACGCUGCACACGCACCUGCCAGACACCUUUCCCUCCCUGCCACCUACGGAGAGGAGACGUAUAAAGAGCACAUAAGAAAACA